AUGACACCCAUGGGUGGGGCGCCAGCGGCACCGAGUACGCCGGCCUCGGCAGCCAUGACGCCGGGCCGGCCGGUGUGGCAGAGGAGGAUACUGAUGGGGAUGCGGUGCGAGCUGCCGCGGUUCAGCGGGCUCGUGCUGUACGACGAGCACGGCCGGCCCAUCCAGGUCGGCACCCCGGGCAGAAGGAACCACCGCCAGGGGAAGAAGAAGACUGCCAGGACAUCUUCCACCACAACUCUCAGGGACCUCUUAUAG